AUGGUGUCUUGGAAGGAAUCAGAAUUUGUCGUCAAGGAUUCCCAAAUAGGAUUGUAUUCCAGGAGUUCCGUCAAAGAUAUGAAAUUCUUGCUGCUGGUUCUAUCCCAAAGGGCUUUAUGGAUGGCAAACAGGCCUGCAUACUUAUGGUAA